ACAAAUUGAAUGAAUACAAAAGAAGCCUGAUUUCGUUCUCUCCCACCGUCUCUUUCCUCUCCGACGAAUUGGGCCGCCGUGAGGGGACGACGGACGAAUUCCCGGUUUCCAAAGGCAAGAAGACCCCUUUGGAGAUUUGUAUUCCAUAUGGUCGAAUUCGGUGAUGAACAGGCCAAAGAAAAAGUCGCGAUUUGUUCCCGUUUUGAUCGAAGCUUGGAUCCUCCGCGAUGACGUUGAACUAUGAUAAGAAUCUGUGAUGUAUUUGGCCGGUCCAACGUCGUCCUUCGCUAUGAGGGUGAUGGCUGGUUUUCUCUCUUCGGUGCACUCAAACUUUUCGCCGUCGGCAUGGGCAACUAUUGUUGCCGGCUUCUUUGUUCUUGUUGCGCUUUCGUUUUCUGCCUUCCUUGUAUUCGAGCACCUUUCUGCUUACAAGAAUCCCGAGGAGCAGAAGUUCUUAAUUGGGGUCAUCUUGAUGGUUCCUUGUUAUUCAAUCGAGUCUUAUGUGUCAUUGGUGAAUCCAUCGCUCAGUGUUGAUUGUGGUAUCCUACGUGAUUGCUACGAGGCCUUUGCCAUGUACUGCUUUGGAAGAUAUUUUGUUGCUUGCUUGGGUGGAGAAGAUAGGACAAUUGAAUUUAUGGAGAGGGAUGGUUGUUCUUCUGCCGCUACGCCCCUCCUGGAUCAUGCUUCAGAAAGGGGCGUUAUUCAUCACCAUUUCCCAAUGAACUAUCUUUUAAAACCUUGGAGAGUUGGCAGGUGGUUUUACCAGCUUAUAAAGUUUGGAAUUUUCCAAUAUAUGAUAAUAAAGACUAUCACAGCAAUUCUGUCUGUGAUUUUUGAAGCUUUUGGUGUAUACUGUGAAGGAGAAUUCAAAUUGGGCUGCGGGUACCCUUACAUGGCUGCUGUUCUCAAUUUCAGUCAAUAUUGGGCCCUGUACUGUUUAGUUCAGUUUUACACUGCUAUUAAGGAUGAAUUGGCACACACAAAGCCACUGGCAAAGUUCCUUAUGUUCAAAUCCAUUGUCUUCUUGACUUGGUGGCAGGGUGUGACAAUAGCACUACUCUAUACAUUUGGUUUGUUGAAGAGCCCUAUAGCUCAAGGCUUGCAAUUCAAGUCAAGUAUUCAGGACUUCUUUAUAUGUAUAGAGAUGGCUGUAGCUGCUGUUGCUCACCUCUAUGUGUUCCCUGCCAAGCCAUAUGAGCUAUUGGCUGAUCAGCCGCCUGGAAAUGUUUCAGUGCUCGGAGAUUAUGCAUCUGCAGACUGUCCUAUUGACCCCGAUGAAGUUAGGGACAGCACCCGACCUACAAAGCUGAGACUCCCUCAGCCUGAUGUCAGUGCCAAAUCUGUUACAGAUAUCAGAGAAAGUGUUCGGGAUAUUGUCGUAGGUGGUGGAGAACAUAUUGUAAAUGAUUUCAAAUUCACUGUAACCCAAGCCGUGGAGCCUGUGGAGAAGAGCUUCACAAGACUCAACGAGAAGCUUCACCGGAUCUCCGAAAACAUAAAAAAGCACGACAAGGAUAGAAGGAAAGCUAGGGACGACAGCUGCAUCACAUCGCCGAUGAGGCAGGCAGUCCGUGGGAUAGAUGAUCCUCUCUUGAAUGGGACCACCAGCGACGGUGGGGCUUCCAGAGGAAGACAACGCUCAAGAAAGUCAGGUUAUACCAGCGAAAGCGGGGGAGAGAGUAGCAAACAGGGCCGUGGGGAAUACGAGAUUCAUGGCUGCAGAUGGGUCAUAAGGGAUUAACUCUGCCGCGAAUAAUGGUUUCAGUAUCAACUGCACGAGAAGUUGUGUCUAAUUCGGAGCAUGAUGCCACAAGAAACCAUCUCCUUGCGUGUAUAUGUUGUGAUAGAUUCCAUUCGUUUUUGCCAUAUUUGAAUUGUAUUUAGCGAAAGGCAAACAAGUAGUGACAUGUCCGUUGGAGAUACAUCUUAUGUUGAUUCAUUUGGUACGUGAGCACAUUCUUUGUUUC